GGAGAUUUUACGACGAGGUGCGCGGUUUGGUCAAAAUUAUAAGCAAUGUACGUGACCCUACAACAGUUACGCGACCUCAAACAACCCAAUUGUAAGCGAUGCGGCUCGACUCAUCAAACUUCACUUCACUCAACUAGCAUCGGGCCACUUCGAACAGCGUAACAGCGACCCAUGUAUCCCCGUCCACGAACACUUCAUGCCACGCUCAACAACAGCCCAAACGGAGUACCUGGUAAGUGUCCCGACCACACUAAGCUCGACUCUGACGAUCAUUGUGGCAGGCGGGGGUCCGGUCUCCGUAACGAUCUGUUCUGCGAACAAGUACGGGCUGGCCUUUGGCUGCUGAAUGUGAGCAGACUACACCAGUUACAUCCGUUCUUAACUCAGCCGUUCGUAGGAAAGACUUACCGCCGACGUACGAUGAGUCCAUUUCGGCGGAAUGUUGUUCCUUUACGCCCCGGACCGAGCAAGGCGCGUCAAGGGAGAAUGAGCCUGAUCGCGAUAUACGAUCAGCACCCUUCUGCGACGAGAGCCCAUGGGAAUGCGAAUGUGACACAGGUACGCAUCGUUCAUCGUGUCACGUCCACGCCUACCCACGUUUUGGCAGGAACGCUCACCGGCGAUAUACGACGGGGCCCUGCGCGCUAUCCUCAUGCACCGUGCAGUACGAGAAGAGCAGCCAUUCAUGAACAGUCUAGAUCUGCGGCGAGGGCUUCAGGGUUCUCCGUGGACAUUGUCCAAGAGAAGGUGAGACGCACGGUCUGGGAUGAAAUGACGCGUACCGCUUAUGCUUGUCUCUCCUGGCAGACCACCGGCGCGUGACUGCGGCAGAGACGCAGAUUGAGCCUCGACUUGUAUACUCGUUUGCGCACACAGGGGUCUUCGUAGAUCCGCGGGACAGAGUGCAGAGGUCAUCUCAGGGAAGGUAAGCUGCAACGAUCCCAGAUUGACUGCCGUACGUACCGCUUAUGAUCUUCCUCUCA